ACUCGUUGGAACAUUUUGCACCAGCAAAUCUUGGAGCUACAACUUCCUUUACAAUUCUGCUCUCUAGGUAUCAGUUUCCUUUAGUUUGAAUGCCUCACAAAAGGCUUUCUAAUAUCACCAUUGUUUGAAUUCGAAGAAGAACUUGACUUUAUAAGCAAGAGUCCAAUUACCUUCUCCUUCCCAAAUUGUUUUGAGCUAUACGUUAAGAAAAAAUGCUAGAUAAAAAGAAAGAGAUUCUACCUACAGAGAAAGAAAUUCUGCCUUUUUAUAUGGGUUAUUUGCCCGAUAGAUAUCAACAAAAGUCUUUCACUGAAUUGAACGAUACACCCCAAAAUAGAACAAACGGACUUCAACGAAUUAAAGAAUUAAUGAAAGCUGAGAAGAUUUUCGAAGAUCAGGAUUUUGAUGAUGAAUACUUGGAGAUGUUUCUCAGAUGUCAAAGCUACAAUGUGAUGGAUGCAUUUGAAAGAUUAAAGAAUUGCUUGAGUUUGAAGAAAUCUCAUAUGUUUAUGUUCACACAUCAGAAAUACGAAAAUAUUGAGAUAUGCUUCACUAAGAGCAUUGUCAGGUUUUUACCCUACAGAUGUGCAGAUGGUUGUGUAGUAAUGCUUAUAAAUGUAGAUAACUGGAAUCCGGAAGAGUUCCCAGUAGUAGAAAUCAAACGAAUGGCCCCGAUUAUAUUGAUCCAUGCUCUGCGAGAUCCAAUGACCCAAGUGAACGGAUUCAAGGCAAUAAUUGAUGCAAGCUGUAAUCCGCUGAAGCAUCUGAAGCACUGUACAUUCCAGAAUUUGUAUCUUAUGUUUCAUGGAUCGCAGAAUUGUUUACCUGGUAUAUUUCAUGAAUAUCAUUUAGUGAAUCCAUCCAUUAUAUCCAGGUUUUGUUUAUCGGUGUGGAAGCCGUUUUUUUCUGAAGAACUAAAGAAAAAAAUCCACGUUCAUUCGUCUCCUAAGGGACUCUUGGAAUUUUUUCCUUCCCAAAUGAUACCAACUUGCUACGGAGGAGAACUUGAAGAUUACGAUAUGACUCCUUGGCUGAGAGACGCAAUGCAGCCAGAAAUGUUGGAUACAUUGUGUGGAAAGGCAAAAUGCUCCUGAAUUGCUCAAUUACAUUUGCUUUAUUAUCUUA